GAUAGUGCAAAAAUGCCAGGAAAUUCCUGUAGUAAUUGCCUGUCCUUCAGGACAGAAUGCACGCAUAUUAUGGCGAUGGCGAAAAAGAAGCGUGGACCUCCAAGAGGGACACCCCGAGGUCAGAAAACCAUCCAGUCGAUAGUCAAGUCAAUCCUGUCAACCUCGAAACCUUACGUCGUACCCGAUGACCCAGAAGAUCUACGUCAAGUCCUGGUUGAUCUUGCUAACCGGAUAGUCACGCUUGAGGAAGAGUUAGACGAGAUUCGGCGAUCCAAAACCGCUAGUGGGGACUCUCCGGCCGAAAGUGGCUCGUCGGGUACAAGUACAAGUCCUCCCUCCAUGGCGGACACCUACUAUACUGCAGCCUCGGUACCUCCCGUACAGCCAUGUGCCGAUGCCUGCAUAUCCAGUCUAGUCGCGGACUUUGUGAAACAGCUCAGAGUCAAUCAAGCCCACGAACGACAUUACGGUCAACAUCAUAACGUCAAUCUAUUGAUCAACGCUUUGGAUCUGGAGAGAGACAUUCCAGGGAAACAGCUUGCUGGACGAGUCAUUGACCGACGAGCGGAAUUUUGGAAUAUACAUCCUUGGCAAGCGGAAAUUGUCGACCCAGAUCCCAACUACGUGUUCCCUGAAGAAGACCUCAUGAACGAGCUCAUUAACCUCUACUUCGCCCACGUCAAUUGUUAUUACCCCAUCCUCCACCGCGGUCUCUUCGAAAAGGCUGUAGCAGAACAUUUACACCUCCACGAUCGCUAUUUCGCAGCGGUGCUUCUCGUCGUCUGUGCUGCUGGAUCCCGUUAUUCGAACGAUGCUAGGGUGUUGGACGAUCCUCAGUGUACUUUGAGCGCUGGAUGGAAAUGGUUUAGACAAAUCCGGUUGAUACGGUCUAAUUUUAUAAAACCUCCGUGUGUGUAUGAGUUACAACUCUACUGUAUUGCUAUCUUUUUCGUGCAAGGAACAUCUACACCAGAGACUUGUUGGAUCCUCCUUGGACUUGGUGUCCGUUAUGCCCAAGAUCUUGGAAUUCACCGAAAACCACCACCGAACCAUAAACCGACUGUUCAAUCCCAGUUGUGGAACCGGGCGUUUUGGGCUUUGAUUGCUAUAGAUGUGGUGAUGAGUUCGUUCUUGGGAAGACCUAGAGCAACACAUACUGAUGAUUUUGAUUUGCCACUUCCUAUUGAAUGUGAUGAUGAGUAUUGGGAGAUGGAAGAUCCGGAUCAAGCGUUUAAGCAGCCUUUGGGUAAACCGUGUAGUAUGAGUUAUUGGGUUGAGUUUUUGAAGUUGUUGGAUAUUGUUGGGUUUGCUCAGAGGACGAUUUAUGCUGUUCGUAAAUCGGAUAUGUGGACGAGAAUGGGGAUGUCUGGACCGGAAUGGAACGAGAAAAUCGUGGCUGAGCUUGACUCUGCGCUUAACUAUUGGGUUGGUCGGAUUCCGCAGCAUUUGAAAUGGGAUCCAAAUCAAUCAGACUCGAUAUGGUCCAACCAAUCUACUAUCCUCUAUAUGACCUAUUACUGGGUUCAAAUUUUGAUUCACAAACCGUUUAUUUCACCUACGACCGAGGAGGCCGUAUUGACUUUUCCGUCUUUGAGCAUUUGUGCUAAUGCUGCUAGAUCGUGUUGUCAUCUUGCUGAGGUUCAGAGCCGGAAGGCGAUGUUGUUGUUCCCUACGACUUUGAAUGCGAUAUAUUCAUCUGCGAUCAUUUUGUUUCUUAAUACAUGGAGAGGAAAUCAGAUGAAGACUACACCCGAUACUUAUAGGGAGCUGAGGGACGUGUACAAGUGUCUCGUUUUACUUGGUUCGAUUGAGCGCAGCUCACAGGUUGCCGGUCGUUUCUGCGAUAUUAUCAACGAACUGCUCGCGAUUUGUGGGUUACCAACGAACCGGACGUCUGCGUUGAAACGUUCUCAAACUCGAACGAUGGAAGAGGAUUCUAGCACGGCGUCGAGUGAUGAGGGAGAAGAGGAGGGUGAGGAGAGCAAUACUUUGGUAUCGACAACUCGGAUUGUGCAUCCUCGUCCUAUUGCGGGGUCCAGACGUGUUUCUGCGUCCACCAGCACAAGCACAAACAACAACCUUCAAGCGAGCGGGACGGAGUAUACUUAUACACCGUCCGCUGAUUCUACUUUCUCUCUCCCUACUAGUAGUGCCGAAUUGGGAAGUUUACCGCUUCAUGAGGCAUUUGCAUUCCCUAGCAGUAGAACGUGGUUUCCGGAGCAAACUAGCCUUUUUUCCCCUACAGGUUUAUUUCAGUUUGAAACUGACCAUGGGGCGUUUGCGGGUGGGGUGGUGGAUCCGGAUCUUCGUGGUAGGAUAGGUUCGAGUUUGCCGGAGUCGAGUUAUAUGAAUCGGUUUAUGGCGGAGUCGUUGUCGAGUGCUUUUGGGAAUGCAGGUCCUGGGAUAUCGUUCGCGUUUGAAGGACAAAUGGGGACGCAACCCUCGAUUGCGUCUACUACUGCUACUACAGGGUCUUGGACUGAUUGGAAUUCAUAUAUGGCUGGUUUGGAUGAAAUGUUGCAAGGUUUUCCUGCUACGGUAUAGGAAAGCCGUCAAUCUUGACGCGGAUGUAUGAAUGAAUGUUUUAUGUAAAUGUAGAGUAGACCCUGGAUAAUCUCUGACAGUAUUUAUUUAGCGAUAGGUAUAUAUGUAUGUAGUAACGUACAACACAACGGAUAUGUAAUGAAUAUAACUACUGAAACGAAUGGCAGAU